GCGGCUGGACUUCCCAUUGGCCUCCCGAAUUGAACACCCGCCUUCCCAGGGGCGGGACAAAGCGCCUCUGCCCACGCCCGGAUUUUUGAUUGGCAGUGUCAAUGUCUCUCAUGUUGAAUCUCCUCAGGCAGCUCCUGGAAUAUUUUGGCAUCCCCAGAGAACAGUUUACACCAAUAUGGGAAGCUCAUGCAAAUGGUCGAAGUAUUGUUCGAGUCAUAGUGACACGUUUAUCUUCAAAUCUCUUUUCAAGAGCUGACUUGUACCAGUUAUGGGCCACUAUUUUAUCAAUAUGGGAAAAUAAGGAAUAUGGAUCUACUCGAAGUGUUGUUCGUAGCAUUGGGAAAAUUCUUCCUUUAGAACCUUGUCCAAGGCCUAACUUUGAGCUGUUCCAGUACUUGAACUCCUUAGACUAUGAUCAACAUGGGUCUGCUCUGACUCCCAUAGUUCCAACAUUUGCUGAUAUCCUAUGUGUGGCAAAUGAAGACAUCGGAUUAGCCAAAUUUAGAAAUUGUAUAUGGAAAAAUUAUAAGGACAAAACUGAAUUAUUCAAUUCAGUGCCUCCAUCUUUAAUUCCUGUUUCAAGACAAAGAAAGCAAAUAAAUGAUCUUCCUGUUACUGAAGCAGCAAUUAAAAAAAUAGCUGCCCUGGAAGAUGAGCUAUCCAUUCUUCGUUCCCAGAUUGCUGCAAUUGUUGGAAUUCAAGAAACAGAAAACAGUAGGUCUACUUUUGAUUCCUUGACAUCAUAUGACAUGCCUGAUAAUUUGGGACCACUACCAUCAACGACCUCUUCACACUCCUCUGUACCACGAUGCUUUUCACCUUCAGUGAUUCAUCCCCCCCCUCCUCCACCUCCUCCACCUCUUCUACCUCCUUCAUCUACUCCAUCGGUAUCUGAUAUCAGUGAUUCAGGCAGUUCAAGAGAUGGACUUAUAAAAGAGCGCCAUGUUACAAAUAAGACCGACUCUAGCAAAUGUGCAAAAAACCAGAGAACUAAAGAUGUUCCCAGCAUAAUGGAUGUUCUGAAGGAUAUGGAUAAAGUCAAGCUGCGUGCUAUUGAACGGUCACCUGGAGGGAGACCUGUUCAUAAGUCAAGAAGACAAAGUUCUCAUUGGGAUCCAGUGUCUAUAAUUUCUCAUGCCCUUAAGCAAAAAUUUGCGUUCCAGGAAGGUGAUUCCUUUGAAAAAGAAAGUAGUUCUUGGGACUCUUCAUUUUCCAGUCCAGAAACUCCAAAGUUUGGACGUCCUAUCUUGCAGCCGAAUGGACAGUGUACCCAAGAAGAAAUUGACAAAGUACCACAAAGGUGUCAUUGUUAAAAGCUUUGUUUCUCUAGUUAAGAAUGAGCCAAACUUGAAGGAAAAUGCAUGUGCUUCAUAAUGUGUUAAAUAGUGGCAGGACCACUUUUUAAAGCAACUAAAUAAAAUUUGUGCACUGGAAUAUAUUGAUAUGUAACUGUGAAAAACUCACAAGCCUACCUAUGUGACCUCUUAUAGAUUUCCCAGCAGUCAAACUUCUGAAUGAAAUGUGUGAAAGUUUUUCUUUAUUGUGCAGUUGUAUCUUGAGAACAAAUAUUAGAUGACCUCAUAUUUCUCAUAAUAGAAGGCUCAAGUGUUGCCAUGAGAGGAACCAUUUUAGUGUAUAAAUGAAACCUUAGACUGCAGUAUAAUAUUGGAAAGCCAUUUACUUGACAAGGUGCUAAGGAAUCAGAACUCCUCUUCCAGUUUAUGAAAACUGCUGUGCCAGUAUCAUGAAUAUCCCUCCUAAUUUACUUGAUUAAUUCAGGUAGGUAGCCUUGUGCCUUUUCUUCAAGUGUAGAAAUCUUCAGCUGGCUUUCAAUUUUCAGUAGUCUGAUGGUCUUUAAAGACUGUAAGAUUAUAGUUUCUUUAUUCAAACAGCUGUAGGUUGACUCACUAAAUGGUUGCACUUUGAUACUUAUAGAAUUGUUAAUAUCAUGUUCUUAUGUUCACAGUUUGUUUUUUUGCCCUUAAAUGUGAUUUUAUCGAAGUGCUGCAAAUAUAAAUUUUU